AUGCCGACUCUGAAAGAUCUUGUUUGCCAUGUACAAUGGGCAGAUACAGGAUCUCCGUUUCCAGAAUAUGGCACGGUCUAUGGAGACGGUGUUGUUGAGACCUACAUUGCUAUCCCUACUCAUCCUCAAGUCUUUACCAUUCGACUCACCUCACGAAAGUUCAUUUAUGACGGGUUGGCGAUGGUAGUUUUCAUUGAUGGAAACUACCAAUGCAAUCGUAAUAGAGUCAACCUACAGCCCGCAAAGAAAAACUUGCCUGAAAUCAGAACAAAUAUUGACUUUCUCGUGAGACAGAAGGAGAAACCCAUGGGUGAUGGGACGUACAUGGGUCGGCAGUGGCGCUUCGACGAUUGCAAUCUUGUCUCGCAACUCCCCCCGAGCGUUGACGAGAGCCACUUCGAUGAUCUGGGAACGAUCGAGGUCUUGGUCUUGCGAUGUCAUAGCAACAACCGUGAAGAUAGUCAAUGCUCGACGGCCUCUUCAGGUGAGCACAGCGGGAUCAUGGAUGACGAAGAGGAUGCUGGAGGAGAGCCGGAAGAACCUGACCCUGCCGGCAAAUCAAACACGGAAAAUUACUCUACAAAGGCCGAACAACCUCAACCUGAAGCACAGGACGCCUUCGGUGGCCUUUUUGGCCUAUUCGAUGGACCUGCCGACGGGUGGUCUUCCUUCGCUGGCAAUUCAGGAGAUGCACCGUCAGAUGGGUAUUCUCGAUGGCAGUGGCAAGCACAUACUGGACACCCUGCUCCUUAUGGCCCGCAGGAAAGACCACAACACCCGUCGGAUUAUCGUCCACCUUCUGCGCAUUAUGAAGAACCACGGCGAACAAGGUACAUUUAUCAAAACUCUCCGCCCUCUUCUACCUAUGCCCCCCCAUCGAAUCCGCCUCUUCCGGGCCUCAGACCAGAGAGGCAUGUUCAUUUCGACUACGGUGACGGGAGAGGGCCGCAGUCCAGUAGCUUUCGUACAAGAUACGACCACCAACCCCAUCACACUUGGGAGCGAGAUGAUCAACAUGCAUACCCCCACCCUAGUCCCCAUUACUAUCGCCCGGAGUACGAUAGACAUCGCAAUCCUUACGCCGACUAUCCUGUUCCUCCUGAAGGCGGGCAUUACAUGUACAAUCCGGAUCGGAAAGUCUAUCGGCCAUACCCUAAGCCGAACCAAGUCCACGAAAGCUCCCAGCCACGUCCUCCUCUGGACAGUCACUCUACGCAACACUCAUACUAUCGGCCACCUAUUCGAGGGGCUACCCCUGAGAAUCAGCAAACACACGGGCCUCCAACAUUUGGCGGCUCUCAAACGAAUUUUCCGAACGCGGUUCCGUCGAUAACGUCGCUCCCUGCUCUCCCUCCGAAGUUUCCAAUCCAGCCCACGAACCUGGCCCCGUGCCAACCACAGCCGGUUCAAUGCCCUAUCCCAAUAUGGAUCCCUCCGCCAACGAUGCCAAUUCCACCCUUUCCCGCCGCCGUGCCAAUCUAUCCAUCACAUAACAAUGGCCCCCUGUUUCACAAUCAGAGAAUCGAGUCCAUCAAUGGCCAAAGCACGCAAAUUGAUAGCACCUCAGGUCCCGUUGCAGCCGAGGAGCGGCCAAGUGAUGACAGUUCUCAGAAGCAGGGAGGUGAAGUUACUGACAACCAAGAGCGCUCUAACACCGUUCAAUCUACCUCUGCUCAGGAUCCUCCAGAAAAUCCGAAUAACGGUAACAAUGAUGAUAACUGGGGGAAUUUGGGUGGAGAUAACAACAGCGGCAACACUCCCACGUGGGCAAAUGGAGGCGCAAACGACAAUGGGAGCAAUAAUAUCAAUCAAGGUUGGCGCGACAGCGGAAACAAUACACAGGAUAAUACUAACGACCUAGGUUGGAAUAACGACAAUAGGAACAUCGGAAAUAGUAGCUGGCAGUAUGAUACAAAUCAGGAUAACAGCGGAAGCCAACAAGGCAAUAGCGGUGGUGGCUGGGGAAACAAGAAUCCAAACUCUGAGGGUGAUGGGAAUAACCAACCGAACAGCGAGAGCGGCAAUCAAAACAGCAGCUCGACGCAUAAUAAUGUGUCUGUACUAGUUGGGAGCCGAUCGAACAAUCGAGCUCUGUAUGGCCCCCAUGGGGCGUACUACACUUGGAAAUCCUGUGCGCAGAAUGCUCCUCCGGCAGACGCCGAGGAGGAGCCACGGUAUGAUGUCCCUCAAGCUAUUGCACAAUCCAAGGGGGUUACGAAACAAGUUCAGCCGGGUAAAGGCUACCUGUACAACAAAAAGAGAUGCGUUCCUUACUACAUUGAUUCUCUGGACGAGCCUUAUGCCAGAUUUGUCUUCAAGUACCGGACAAAGGAGCAACUCAAGGACGAGAUCGGGGUCGAGAUCACAACCGAGCCUAGUCCGAACGAGGACGCCAAUGCUCUUGAAAACAUGGACAAGUCAGAGUUGAUUCAGAUGGUGCUCAGAGCCAAAGGUGCUUUGGGAGGGACAAUACCCAGUCCGCCGCCGAAAGUGACUCCGCCUUCCGUGAAGAGCUUUGAGCAGGUGCCCGUCAACGCUCCUGAUGUGGGAUUCCUCAGAUACAGCUUGCCGCGCAUGCGCAACGUUUCAAACACCGCGGGCCUUGGGAUUCGAUUAUCCAAUGCUUCAAGCAACCAGAGCCACGCAGGAAACGUCAACCAAAGCAACAACUGGAAUGGUGGCUGGAACAACGAUUGGCAACAGGGUAGCGGCCAGCAGAAUAGCAACGGGAACAAUGGUGGUUGCCAGAACCGGCAAGACAACAAUAAUCAGCAGAGUAACAGUGGCUGGAACAACCAAAAUUGGAGCAAUGCCAGCAACAGUAACAAUAAGAACGGCAACAGCAACGGUAACAGCAAUGCCAAGCCCAGCUGGAACAACGUUUCCGCCAGUAACAAAAAUGGCUGGGAUGGGCAACAGGAGAAGCAUCCUAGCGUGGCCGCCUCACAGCCCUCGGGGGAUUUCAGUGUGCAUGCCCCUUCUCGCCGAAGCUCAGCGAUCAGUCCAAAGGGAGGGAGCAGACUUUCCGGCCCCGCGAGUUCUAUCCAGAAUCCAAACCCGAACCAGAUCCAAAGCCAGAAUGAGAAUGCAGGACAAGCUCUACCUCAAGGCGACAUGCUUGACUACAUCCUCAACCACCCCGAAGAGGCAGCGAAGAUGGGCAUGGUUGGACCUCCGCCGCCACCACCGCCUGCGAUCGUCUUCACCGGUACCGGCGCGGUCGGGGGCGGCCAGACAAAUAUCGACAUGGACAUAAACGGCGCUGGUCCGCGUCCGCCAACGCCCACGGAUCCUCCGCCGCCCUGCAGUCCUCUCAGCGUCCACGAUCCAGGAACUUUUGGGCCGGGCGACUGGGGAGCGGGGGGGAAUGGGAAUUCAUGGCAGCCGGCCAGCGAUUGGUGA